AUGAUUGAGAUUCCUUUGGUCAUUGGUCAACGUGUACUGGACUCCAAUCCUCAGACUCACACAUCCCCAUGCAGAAACAGCAACCAUAGAGACAACCGCCUUCCCAAUCCCCUUCAAGAUUCUCUCCAAACUCGAUCAAACGAGAUUCUCGAGAUCGUUCUGUUUUCGAACGCCGCGUCGUGGCGUCGCGUCGAGAACGUCGCACAGGUGGAGCUGUUCCAACAGUUGGAUGCGGAAGAGAUCCUGCAACUGGCGCCAGCCUUCCAGCGGCUGGAAGCCCAGGAUGGUGAGAAGAUCGUGUCCCAAGGUGACGAAGGCGAUCAGCUCUUCUUCAUCGAAUGUGGAACCGUGUCGGUGCGGGUGUCCAACGGUGGGAAAGAGCGGGAGAUCACCACGCUGUCGCAUGGUGACUACUUUGGAGAGGCGGCGCUGCUCCACGGCGCGCCGCGCAAUGCCUCGGUCUACGCGCUCGGGGAGGUGCAGCUGCGCAGUCUGAGCCGCGAGCGCUUCGAGGCGUUCGACUUGCACCGGAAGUUGAACCUGGAGGUGCGAGAUGCGCGGAUGAAGAACGGGCUGCGUGAGCUCAUGGGAGGCUUGGUCUCCGUGAAGACGUUCUGCAAAGCCGUCCUUCUGAUCGGCAUCUACUUCGGAGUGGCGGUCUUGAUCUUUUCAUCUUUGGAAGGAUGGACUGGGCUUGAUGUGGUCUACUUCUCCAUCAUCACUCUUAUGACUGUAGGCUAUGGUGAUUACGCGCCCAAGCACUGGGGCUCUCGCUUGACCUUGGUCUUCUUCGUCUUGGCCUCAUUGGUGCUGGUCGCCACCAGCAUCGGCGAAUUCCUGGAGACCCUGGUGGCCCUCGAGAUCCGGAACGAGCGCGCGCGCAAGGCCCUGCAGCUGAAGCAAGCGCGGGUAGGGGUCUUUGAUUACAGCGGGCAGCGGCAGCGCUGGCGACGGAGGACCUGCGCAUGUGUGGGGGCGCUAUUGGGGCUCUUGUUGGUGAGCUCCCUGCUGGCGAAAGCCUUCGCGCACAAGUGCCACACUUGGGUGGAUGCCUUGUACUUUAGCGUGGUGACACUCUCUACCAUCGGCUACGGCGAUUUGACGCCAGGGCGUGAGCCGGGCUCGCGCGUGGUGGUGGGCAUCCUGGUGCUCUUCGGCGUGCCCUUCUUCGGCAUGAUGCUGGCGCGGAUCGUGGAGAUCGCCUACGGCCGUGCCAAGAAGAUGGGGCUCCCCGCCGUGGUGGGCGGCUUGACCAACGAGAAGUUCGAGCAACUCAUCGAGUUCACGGACCAACUCUGGAGGGCGGGGGGCUACAACUCCCGGCCUCAGGAGAGCUUGCGUGAAGAGAUCACUCCCUUCGAGUUUCUUUGCUUCAUGCUCACGCAGAAUGAGUCUGUCUCCUUAGAUGAGAUCAAGCAGAUCAUGGCGAACUUCUCAGAGUUGGACUUGAACAAGACCGGUCUUUUGGAUCAGUCUACAGUCGACGAGUGGCUGAGGCGUGGCUCCAGCAAUCCGCAGGGCUUCGCACCCUCGAGGCGUCUGAAGCGACUCACGACCAGCCCCAGCAACGCGACGGGCCUUGGCCCCAGCCCUUGCAGCAGUUUGAUCUCGAUGGCCACAGCCUUCACCGAUGAAUGCUUCGACCCAUGCCAUGAGGCGGCGGCCUGGAUGGCUCGGCUCCACCAUCGCGUGACGGCCGCCGGCCACGACGACGGGUCGGUAGAGAAGAAGGGAUUCAUGCCCGCCUGGGAUGAGGAUCCGGAAGCCGAUUCUGGGGAGCUUCUUUGUGCAUGCCUUCCAACAAGCUGUUGUCCAGUCGUUCGCAAGAGACUGGCCUGCCGGCGUUUGCUGCAGGGCGGCGCCUGCUGCGCCGUGGCCUCUGCUGUGGCCUCCGGCGUGCUGGCGCGGGUGCUGGCGCCGCCACCCGCGGAGCCGGCGCCGCCACCGUCCUCCUGCGGGGUGGCACGGAACUCCACGACCACGUGUGUGCCCUGGACCUUGGCAGGGACGCACCUCUUUGACCGGAGAACAGGUGAGUUGCAGAUGGACAAAGCCAAUACGCUGGAGGACUGCUGCCAGGGCUGUGACGGUCUGGCAGAGUGCCAGGCCUGGAUCUUCGAGCGCAUGGCCAAGCGAUGCCGUUGGAUCCGCUUCGAGGAUGAGGUUUGUGAACGAAAUCCUGAACAUCUUGGUUGUAGAUGCUACACUCACUGGGGCACCGCUUUUGGCUUCAAGGCCAAAUCGAAUCUUGUUUGGCUUACAGCCAACUGA